AAAUUGAGAAAAAAAAUUGAAUUAAAAUAUAAUAUAAAAAUGUGAGUCUCAUCUCAUUUUAAUGUUUAUUUUUCUUUUUUUUAUUCUUUUUCCACUCAAAUGAAGGGACUUAAGUGCAUAUAUGUGGUUGAGUGGUUCUAUUACCAUUUCAUAUGUAUAAAUAUUUUGUGGUAGAACUGUAUGUUUGAUGGCUGCAUUGAAUUCGCAAAAGAGUGACAUGAAAUGAAAGACGAAAGUGGUUGUCCUAAGUUGAUGCGUCUUGAUUUAGAAAGAUGAAAGUAAUAGAAAGGAUCAAUAGAUUGAUUGUUGAGAGGAAGUGAAUUGACAUGCUGCGUUGUACUAUAUUAUUGUUUCCACUUCACUAUCGAACAAGUAACAGUAAUAUUAUGAUGAGAAUUUUACUUUUUUACAAUUAUUACGUGAAGAAUAUAGCAGCAUAUAUAGUUGAAGUGGACUGAAUGGAACCAACCAAAUCUCGUCGUCUUCAAAUUCUGGAUCUGGUCUCCAUGAGCACGCCACCGCUGUCGGUGUCGCUCUCGCAGUGUACGAGGUUGUUUGGCGCGUCUGGUUUCACGCGCCUCUGCAAGGGUCUCUCUCUGGUCCUCAUUUCUCUUCACAUUCUCCUUCACCUCUUCCCUUCCGCUAUCACCUGCCUCGCCCUCAUUCCCGCCAGGACUAUUCCCUUUGCCUGGAACCUCAUUACAGCUGGUUAUGUUGAACAAUCUGUCUAUGGGGUAGUGGUCAGCACAAUUGGUCUUCUCUUCAUUGGGAAGCUGCUUGAGCCAGUUUGGGGUCCCAGGGAAUUUCUAAAGUUCAUCUUUAUAGUUAACUUUCUAACUUCUCUCUGCAUUUUCAUCACUGCUAUUGCUUUGUACUGCAUUACAGGGCAGGAGAGUUACCUUUAUAUGCCACUCUCUGGAUUUCAUGGAGUUAUAUUUGGCUUCUUGGUUGGCAUCAAGCAAAUUGUACCAGAUCAAGAGCUUCCUUUCCUCAAGAUAAAAGUGAAGUGGUUGCCAUCUAUUGCUCUAUUGUGUUCUAUUGCUACGAGCUUCUGGUCACUAGAGGCAACAUCAUAUCUUCCAACUGUAAUAUAUGGUACAUAUAUGAGCUGGAUUUACCUCAGAUACUGGCAGAGGAAACCAGAAACAAAACUCAAGGGUGACCCAAGUGAGGAUUUUGCAUUCUCUACUUUUUUCCCUGAGUUUUUAAGACCGGUUAUAGACCCUAUUGCAUCAAUAUUUCAUCGAAUGCUCUGUGGAAGAUUAGAUGCUUCUAAUGAUGCUCAAGGUUACACUGUAAGAGGUGAACCUUUGCCAGGUUCUGACCCCAUUGAAGCAUCUAGGAGACGAGAAAGAGGUGCUCGAGCACUGGAAGAGAGGUUGGCUACUGCACCUAGUGCAGGGGAGUUAGAAACAGAUGCUACAGAAAUUGUUUAAUUCCUUAGCUUUUGUAAAUUCAGAUAAGUUCGGCCAAUAUGAAACUGUAAUGAAUAACAUUUUCACAAGUGGUACAGUUUUUUUUUUAAGGGCCUCAACAAGUGGUACAGUAAUGGGAAAAAAAUUAUUUUCUUUA